AUGCCGCCGCUGCCGCGCCUCCGUCAGGGUAGUACCUCGUUCGUUGCGACAGACACCGGAAAACAUGGUUGGCGACGUUCUUCAUCGCCUCCGCCGUCACAUCGCCGUGUACGCCCGUCUAACGCGGUGGUAAUGCUGCUGGUUGAGACCCCGGGACGUCGAAUGUCUCCCGCCGUCGUCACCGCAGUCACCUUCGCAGGCUCAUGCCACACUUUCGGUUUGCUACUAACGGGUCUAUUCUCCACGCAAUUCUUGGACGUCCAGUCACCGUCUCGUCGGUCACGAAUCGAAUUGCCGCCGAGUGCCUGUUCUUUCCGCGUGUCUUGGCUGCUUUCUUACGCGUCGGGAAAACAGAUAGACGGACCGCGUACAUGGGUGGCAGGACAUUUGGCGAAGUUGUGCCCAACCAAGAAGCCGGCCUCCAAAGAAAAUCAGGCACCAGUUCCCACCCCAGUGGUGCCCGCUGAGGAGGGGAAAAAUUAUUUUCUUUACCUCUUCUUUCCUCCGGUCUUUCAUAUAGAUCCUUUCUUUUUCCUCUGCGCAUCUUUGUUUGCCAUCUUCUUUUUUGCCUUUUUUCUUCCCGCGUUUAUUCUUAACUAUCUUUUCUUUUCUUUUUUUUUUUUCUUAAAAUCGACCGCUUGGGGUUUUAAUUUCAUUUUUGUUCCUUUCUUUAUCUAUUUUACUCUUUCUUUCUACUUCAGACGUUCUUUGGUUUCAAUGUUUUACUUCAAUUUCCUUCUCCCUUUCUUUUUUUGUUUUUUUCAUUCUUUCUAUUUUUCGUUUUUCUUCUUCCUUUCUUCUUUUCUUCUCUUUCAAUUAUAUAUGAUCAUUGUUUCUAACCAGUUCACACUGGUAAUAAUAUUAUUUUCUAUCUAUUUUUUUCUGUAUUUCUUUUUCUUGCUUAUGAAUUCGACUUCCGCUGUCUGUAUUUCUUUUUCUUCAUUUUCGACUUUACUCAUUCUUUCUAGUUCAGACCUUCUAUUUUUACAUCAUUUUAUUUCUUCUUUCGUUUUUUUUCUUAAUGAUAUUAUUUGUUUCUAUUUUUCUUACUACAAUUUAUUAAAUAUUUAUAAGAUUAUUUUUUUAAUGUUCAUCAUUUGUUUGUUUCUUUCAUUUUCUCUUUCACAUCAGAUUUUUUUUAUUUGA